AUGGCACAAGAACGAAAUGUGUCACCUUAUACAUACAUCCAAACCAGACCUGAUGCUGUACAGUCCAAGACCAUCCCCUGUCCCUACUGUCGACAAGAUACCAAGGUCCCCCACCCAAGCAGUCCGGUGGAGGAGUGGGCGGGGCAGAUCAAAGCCAGCAUCAUUAUACAGGGGCUGAUUGACACCUAUAGGUCCGAGGUGGCUGUGCCAGGGACCUCAAGCCCCUGUUGUAUGAUCUGUCAGCAACUAGGGGAAACAACUCCAGGGGUCUUGUGGUGUGCUGAGUGUGAAGUUAUCCUCUGCGACAAAUGUGUGAAGAUACACCGGGUGACCCCUACUUUAUUGAACCAUGACCUAUGUGACCUGUCGUCUAGGUCAAAGGUCAAACGGAGGAUCAAGUGCACGGAACACAAGAGUAACCGUGUUGAGUUCCACUGUCAAGACUGUGGGAAGGCUGCCUGUCAGACAUGUUGUAUCAUCUACCACAGAGCUUCUAAAACUGUCGUAACCAUUGAGUCUAUGAAGCCAGGGAUGAAGGAAACACUGAUGGAGAAGAGAUUUGGCAUGGUGAAGAGACUGAAAGUGAGGUCGAAGAAAGUAGACAUACGAAACGAGGAGCUCCAAAGUAAUGCUAGAAUCACAGAUUUACCUGUGCAAAAUAUAAGGUUGAUCUGCCUGACAGCGAUUAACAAGAUUAAACAGAAAGAAACGCAACUCUUGGAUGAACUGAAUAACAUAUCACAGACAUACGCCGACCAACUCCGAGCUGACGUGAAGCUGGAAGAGAUCGAGAUGCAGAUGUACAGACAACAUUGUGAGUUCAUUGACCAUGCCUUGGUAUCGGACUGUUAG